AUGACCCUCUAGUUUCCUUUCUCCAGCAAGUGACUGGGGCUGCGUGCUGACUCACCAGAUCAUGGUCAACAACACGCUGUCAGGCGGGGACGCCGUGUCAUGGAUGGUGUAUGAUGAAGGAUGUAUCGUCCCUCAGUACAGUGGGGUUGUGGUUGAAGAACCAAUAUUCCCUGCGACAUCGACUCAAGCCUGUUUCAAGCUUCGUAUGACGUCAGUUGGCAGUGUAACCACUUCACACAUGGGCAUCGUCGUUAAAGCGUCCGUAUCUAAUGGAGCAUGUUCCGGUCUAUCGUGUUCAACUGGAUUUAGUUUGAUCAAAGAGGAUCUCUUCCCUGUGAGAAAACGACGUGAGGCACAGGACACUAUAGUGGGUUACGUCAUCGCCUUUGACGGCAACCCCAAUCUCCAGGGUACACAUCCGGGCUCUCCAAGUCAAGGAAACAGUGGUGGCGUUCAGACAGAGACCGCCGCAACAGCAACUGCAAGCCAGUCCAAGCUCCCGAUGUUUGUAGGAAUCGGUCUUGGUACCGGUCUCUUGGCCCUACUCUCCGCCGUCCUUGGCUACAUCGUCUGCAGACGUCGCAACAACGUCGACAAGGAGAAGGACCUGCCUCAGGGACAUCCUUCUCCUUACUACAAAUAAAUAACCAAGUGACACUUGAGCGUGGAACAGAAAAACAAAAUCUCCGAAAUUUCUAUUCACGCAAGUAAAAAUGAUAACGACGUACUUGGUCAUUUUAUUCCAUUAAACUGCUUUUCAUCGACGGAAACCUUGUUUAGGUUUAAUAUAAAAAAGAUACACCAGUGAUUACCAAUGAAUGACGUCUGAAUUUAAAUUGUGUAAAUCUGUUGUUGAGUUUAACCUGAAUAAAUUCUAAUUUUUGAACUGUUACUAUCUGAAAUAAAUGAGUUGUCUCGUGCCGAGGCUAGCUUUAUCAAAAACACUUCGUCAAACUGAAGUGAGUAUUUGUUUCUUCACUCUUCCUCGAAACAUCUCUUCCAAAUUCGAAGGAACUCAUGUUAAACUUUCAAAUAAGAAAAUAAUGGCGUAUACAUGUAAUUGUAAACUUCCUGCAAUAAAAAGCUGGUGUAUA